AUGGCUGCCUCCGACGGCGCUUCCUCGAUCAGCGUUGCAGUCAGAGUCCGUCCUUUUACUAUCAGGGAGGCAGCCCAGAUCACACGAUGUGACGAGGGUCCUCUGUUCCUCGGCGACGGUUCCCUCGCAGGUGCGCCGACACCGAAGCUUAACCAGAAGGGGUGUUUGACCCCCCCAGAGGACAAUCCUGUCCAAAAGUUCUCUAGGAGCGUGGUACCAAAUGGUAAACGUGUCAAGGACCAGACCUUCGCCUUCGAUCGCGUCUUCGACCAAAAUACCUCCCAGGGAGAGGUAUACGAAUCUACAACACGCAGCCUGCUCGACAACGUGCUCGACGGAUACAAUGCGACGGUGUUUGCGUAUGGAGCUACCGGAUGUGGAAAGACCCAUACAAUCACCGGAACUGCCCAACAGCCCGGUAUCAUCUUUCUCACUAUGCAGGAGCUGUUUGAGCGGAUUGACGAACGGGCAGGCGAAAAGUCGACUGAAGUUUCACUUUCCUACCUCGAGAUUUAUAACGAAACCAUCCGUGACUUGCUUGUCCCUAGUGGUAGCAGUGGAAAGGGUGGGUUGAUGCUGCGGGAGGAUUCGAACCAGUCAGUCUCAGUUGCUGGGCUCUCAAGUUACCACCCGCAGAAUGUGGGUGAGGUAAUGGACAUGAUCAUGCGAGGAAAUGAGCGCCGCACCAUGUCUCCUACCGCAGCAAAUGCUACUUCAUCCCGAUCGCAUGCCGUCCUUCAAAUCAACGUCGCGCAAAAAGAUCGAAACGCGGACGUUAAUGAGCCACAUACCAUGGCCACUUUCAGUAUUAUCGACUUGGCGGGAAGUGAGCGUGCCAGCGCGACACAGAACAGAGGAGAGCGUCUGUUCGAAGGUGCCAAUAUCAACAAGUCUCUGUUGUCCCUGGGAAGCUGCAUCAAUGCACUUUGCGACCCGCGGAAGCGCAACCAUAUCCCCUACCGUAACUCAAAACUUACUCGGUUACUCAAGUUUGCUCUUGGUGGAAAUUGCAAGACAGUCAUGAUAGUCUGCGUCAGCCCCUCAAGCCAGCACUUUGAUGAGACCCAAAAUACCCUUCGUUACGCGAAUCGAGCGAAGAAUAUCCAGACCAAGGUUACACGGAAUGUCUUCAACGUUAACCGACACGUGAAGGACUUUUUGGUCAAGAUUGACGAGCAAAUGAAUUUGAUCAAUGAGCUUAAAGCACAGGCAAAGGACUAUGAAAAGGUGGCCUUUGCUAAAUUCCGCAAGCAGGGUGAGAAGAAGGACGCUGUUCUGCGCGAGGGUGUCGCCCGGAUUCGCAAUGCUUACGAACACACAUUGCCCGUGAGGCAAGAGAAGACCAACAACAUGCUGAAACUAAGACAAAUCGGCCGCAGAAUUGGCAUUUUAUCGUCUUGGAUUGCGGCUUUUGAUAAUGUUUGCGCCGCGCGCGAAAAUGAGGAGGGAUUAUCGAACCUGUAUGCUGUUCGCAAAUCGGCGCAGGGAAUCCUACUUGAACUGGAAGGUAGCAGACAUCAUUACAACCAGAAAUUAUCAAAAAACACCUGGGACCGAGCGGUGACCUCGGCGGUCGAGAACUCGGCAAAGCAGCUUCGAGAGUUCGAUAUUACGGAUGACAGCGAUUACGCCAAUUUGAACCGAGAAGCAGAACUUCUUCGGUCCAAUGCAGAGCGCGAAGCAUUGACAGCGGUGAUAGAACAGGACAAGGCUGGAGAAGCUGCUGCUGUACAGCUUCUGUUGCAAGCACAGUUCGAGAUGAUGAGCUCCAUUGAGGAUAUCAUGCAGCUAAACGCAAGCGAGGCUAUUAAAAAGGGACGGGCGAUCCUUACAAAGAUGUUAGAGGAUUGUUCAAACGUGGCAACCAACCUUGUCAAACCAGAUGGCACCAUGCCGUCUGUCCCCGAACUCACACUCACCCCUGCUGCUCCUGCCUCGCCAACUAAAGGCUCUCCCCGUCGCCGUAAAGGAACUGCCGGCCGGAAGAGCGUCAGCUUUACGCCAAAGAAAGUCCAGGUAAAGGUUCCCAAGCGAUCCGUCCGAUGGAAGGACGAUGAGGAAGACGGCACCUUGACCGAGUUCCAAAAGACCCCUAAGAAGGUCGACUCCGCCGAUGAAUCCAGCUUCGAAGACUCAUUGUUGCCGCCUCGAUCAGGAUCUCCCAUUCCACGAAAUAUUCCGAGGGUUGUAAGCCCAUCGGGUUCAAUCUCUCCUACCCCCGAUGAGCCUGCCGAAUUCGCGGGGCCUGCCUUGAAUGUUCAAAAGAACAACAGUCGCUUUAAGGCAGGAUUUUUGACCAAGAAAACUGGCAGCUCACCAUUGGCACCACCACCUUCAUCCAGUCUUCCUCUUUCAAGAAGAGAGAGUUCCCCCCUUCGUGAUAUUGAAGGAAGCAGCUUUAUGAACCGCACCUCGACGGAACGUCCAUCACGGAUUGCGGUUCGUAGUCCCAGCGGGAACUUCUCGAGCAGUCCAGUAUCUGAAAACAGGGACAACUGGAAGUCGGACAAGGAAGAAGCAAUAAAGAUCAAUUCGGCCAUGCGACGUAUGUCUAGUGGGCGGAUCGCUAGUGGACAGUUUGGCGCUCAAUCCUCCAAUGCCAUGCGAGUCCACCGUCGUCGCAGCCCGACUUCCAAUACCUACGGAACUCCGCCAGCAGACAACCACAUGUUCACCGCAUCCCAAGCGCGGCGCAUGGUGAAGAGCGAGAGAGAACACGACACUAAGCCUCGGGUCUUGAGUCCUCAUACUCUCCCAGUCAUGAAACACACGGGACGCCGCACAACUUUGGCGGAGACGGUCGACCUCGAAAUAUCAGCCUAUCCAGCAGAGAUGCCAUCCGUCUCAGUGCGAUGGCAGCGCCCCCUACUGACCACAACUCACAAGCGUGGUAGUGGAUUCUGGUGA